UGAGAUAUGACCCAUGAUGCUUUUGAUAUUGUGGAUGUUGUUUAUGUUUAUUUGAACCAUAUUAACACCUUGUAAUUGAUAAUAUGAAGUAUAGUGUGACGGUGUUUGUACUACUUACGUGGGCCUUUCGUUGGUCGUUCUGUAUAUAUGAGGAUCAGAUUGGGAAAUUUGACUGGAGACAGACCUACAUUGGGAAGUUGAAGUUUGCUUAUUUAGACACAAUAUCUACAACAAAGAAAGCGUUUGUUGCUACUGAAGAGAAUGUAGUUGCAGCACUAAAUUUGAAGACUGGUCAAAUUGUUUGGAGACAUGUCCUGGAGAAGGCAGAUCAAGGGGAAAUCCAAUUUAUGGAUGGUGAUGGUGAUGACAUUGUGACUGUGUCAGGUAGAAAUAUUUUUGUGGUGCGGACAUGGGAUCCUCACAAUGGUUUUCUUAAAUCUGAGUGGACAGUGGCACAACCAUUAAUCAGGAGACUGAUAGAUAUAAAGUGGUUUUUGUACCAAAAGCAACUGUUCCAAGUUGUAUCUGUUGCCCUCUCUGACAUAACCAUCACUGCUUACAACAUAUCAGCAGGUACCAAAGUUUCAUCUGAUCUCAUUCAUGCACCAUGGAUGGCACAGGAUUCCAGGUGUGUGUUGGCCGUGCCAUACCUGGCUUGCUUGGAUAAGGUAGGACAGGAAGUGCUCCUGCAUUCUUUCUCUUUAACUGGGGCCGGUACUCAGACCAAGUCACUGUCUGCAUUCAUGGGAGAAGUAAAGACCAGUGUAACACUGGAAACAGUUGGAGGAUCUCAGCCUGUUGUAGAAGUGGCCAUGGUGGGCAACUCCAGCAAACACAUACUCCUUCUGGAAGCAAAUGGAUUUACAUUGUAUCCUCACCAGCUUCCAUCUGCAGCUAAACUGUAUGUUGCAUCUUAUGAGAAGAGCAGUAUUGUACUGCAAGCAUUGUAUAUGGAAGGGUGGUUGGUGCUGUCAGGAUCCACACUAGAGACUGGAAAAGAACUGAGUGAUCUUGCAGGAAAACUGAAGUAUCCAUCAGGAUUAGGUGAAGGGAAUAUAGCAGCUGCAGUGUGUUCCCCAAAGAAGGAUAAAGGAAAAGGCUGUCGGAUAUUACUGGUGACAGAUGAUCAUGCGAUUGCUCUGAUGUCCCAUCCAGGAAAGUUUGUGUGGGUUAGAGAAGAAGCUCUGGCAUCAAUUGCUGCAGUUGAGAUUUUAGAUUUGCCAGUGUCUGACACUGAUGCAGCAAUUGAGAAGGAAUUUGACCAUAAAGAGAUGGAUUUUGGGGUUUCAUCUGGUUUUGUGGGAAUGUUUGUGCACCGCUUGGCAAGUCAGAUAUUGCAGUUACGAUCUUUGGUAUUAACAAUUCUUGGACUGGGGGAACCACCUUCAGCUGGCCAGAGAGCAGGUCUUGUUAGGGAUGAAUUUGGGCUACACAAGAUGAUAGUUGUCGCUUCAUCUGCUGGAAAGGUCUUUGGAAUAGACAACUUGAGUGGGGAGAUUAUUUGGCAGCAGCGUCUGGAGAAUGUUAAACCGUAUGUGGAUCAAGCCACAGGCAAGAAUCAUGCACCAUUCUUUGUGCAGAGAACUACUCGUCACUUCCCAAGCCCAGCACAAUGUGCUUUGCUACUUAGGCAUAAGGUGACAGAUGAAGGUGUGCUCUUCGUGUUCAAUCCCAUUACAGGUCAGCCCCUUGCUGAGUCUGAUGGACUGAUAAGUCUUGGCUAUAAGGUUAAACAGUCAUUCCUGUUGCAUGAGGGCAACAAAGAGUCCUUACGUGGCAUCUUAUUGCUGGAUAAUGAGGAUAAUUUGCAUGUGUACCCAGAGAGUGCUCAGUCUGUGGCAGUUGCCAUGGCAGCUACUAUUUUCAUUUUCACAGCUGAUCCAAACAGCGGUUUAUUGGUGGGCUACUCCCUUGCUUUGAGCACCAAACAGAACUUGAUUGCAACUCGUGUAUGGGAAAUAAAACUCACUCAUGGUUCCCAGCGCAUCACAGCUGUCAUAAGCAAAAGUUCCAUUGAGAAGGUCCACUCGCAGGGAAGAGUACUAGGUGACCGCAGUGUUCUGUACAAAUACAUCAACCCAAACCUUGUAGCAGUCCUUACUCAAGGAUUUGAUCCAGUCCACAAGCAGUUUCUGAACAUCUACUUAAUAGAUGUGGUAUCUGGCUCAGUGAUAUUUUCAAUUUCCCACAAGCGAGCUCGAGAACCAGUGCACAUUGUUCAUUCUGAGAACUGGCUUCUGUACAGUUACUUCAGUGACAAAUCACGACGAACAGAAAUUGUGACUCUCGAGUUGUAUGAGGGCAAAGUGCAGAGUAAUACCACAGCCUUUUCCUCAGUAGCAGCACCUUUGCAGCCAAUUGUUGAUCGACAGGCAUACAUUCUUCCAGGCAUGAUUGAAUCAAUGAAAGAAACUAUUACAGAGAAGGGUAUCACUAGCAAACAUAUACUGGUUGCACUGGCAAAUGGUGCUAUAUUGGAGAUACCAUGGGUGUUCCUAGACCCUCGUCGCCCAAUCACAGUUACUUCUGAGAUGCGAGAGGAAGGUGUGAUUCCAUACAUGCCUGAGCUACCCAUACCUUCUGAGGCUAUUAUCAAUUACAACCAGACAGUCCAAAGGGUGAGAGGCAUCCAUACUACUCCCAGUGGAUUGGAGUCUACUUGUCUUGUAUUUGUGUAUGGAUUAGAUAUGUUCUACACCAGAGUUGCUCCAUCAAAGACAUUUGAUUUACUUAAAGAAGAUUUUGAUCACUUUUUGAUAACUGCUGUACUUCUGGGCCUCACAGUGACAUCCUACAUUACUAAGAAAUUGGCAUCUAGAAAAGCACUAAAACAGGCAUGGAAAUGAUUUACGUAAGCCUUAGGUUGUUAAUACAAGGGAUCCUACUUUGGGCACAUGUGUGUGACUGAGUGACAAAUUUUUGCACCCAUUCAUGAAACAUUUGGAAUUGAAUGACAUUUGUUUCAAAUUGUAAAUCUAACUGGGACUUCAACUCGUUUUUCUUAAUUUAAUACUUUUCUAUGAAGUUCACAGCAACACAGUAAUGCAGAUGUGCAUUCACAUCAUUUUAUCAAGGGCUAGGUGUGAUGAGAUGUUAUUAUCUUUUUUUGUAAUCAGACUCAAGAGCAUUAAGAUUGUGUACACAGCACUCUGGAAGCUUCUGCCACCUUUUAAUAUUUUGCUUUCAGUCAGAGAUAAUAGGGUUUGUCAAAAAUGAUACACAAGCUGUUCCAUUAGCUGAGAUGGCUUCUUGGAAUAAGCACAUAGAACAAAUAUUAUUUAUUUAACCUUUAUAAUACCAGAUUCAAAUCCUCCUAGUAGCACAUAUUCUAAAUUAAAUAACAUUUCACUAAAACUAUUCCCUUUACCAACAAAGUAAAAUAUCCCCAAAUUUAUGAGUGACAGAAAUAUAAAACAAAAAUUAACUGAAAUUGAACAAAACAUGGAUGAUGGCACUGCAAGAAUAUGAUUUAUGUAAUUUGUUACAUACCAGAGACUUAUGUACGAACCUGUUAUCAGAUAAAAAGAAAUCAAGAUAGGAGA